AUGUCGACCUCUCCGACGGAUUCCUUGCCUUCGCGGCCCACAUCCACACGCUCGGCUUCGCGGGCGUCAUUAAAGCUCGACCUCUCCAACCUGCCGCCCCUUACCCAACCCGUCGUCCCGACCAACACCCUUCUGAUCACCAACCUUGGUGACCUCGAGAUCUUCCGCCCGGACAACCUGCAGACCAUCCGCGAUCUGAUUAGCCAGACUGCUCCCGUCUGCACUUGGUCGCCUCUGAAAUCGUUCCGCCGCAUUGUCUGCUCGUUCGCCGACGAGCAGGCGGCCAUCAAGGUUCGCUCGGUCUGGGAUGGCGAAGCCGUCAUGGGCGAGAGGUGCCGCGUGUACUUUGGUCAGCACACCCCGCUCAACCUGAACCAGGACCAGCACCUUGCGCUACCCGACGCCGGAAAGCUAUUCUUCAUCAGCCCGCCGCCUAGCCCACCCUGCGGCUGGGAGAUGCGCCUCGAGGACGCGCCCAACAAGCAGGUGCACGCCGAAGAUCUCGCCGAUGCGCUGGCAAAGCUUCACCACCGCAACGCCGCGCCCAUGGAGUCGCCCAUCUCGCCCGUUGAAGGCGGUUCGGCCACCACGCGCAGUCGCAGCAGCACGCUCAUCUUCCAGCCCGGCGAGGCGACCGGGUCCAGCCCCGCGUUGCCAUGCAUCGCGGUGGAUGACAUGACAGACUCCCCGACCGACAUGCUCCCGAGCCCGAUCGGACUGGAGAAGCCGAUCAUGGCACAUACCUCCAGGCCGCCGGUCGAGCUUAUGGGGCAAUAG